GUUCAAAAUGGGAACACUUUGUUUACCCGGUGCGCAGGGCUUCUGGAUCAAUUGCACCACGAAUAAAAAACGAAAUGUUUGGUGAUCGACUAAUAAUGACUUGAAGAUCGACCAGUUGGCGACUGGUGAAAAUAUGCAGUAUGAGAAUUUAAUGUUACUGAGAAUACUAACAGUAACUGCUAAAAUAUGUCAGUUAAUUGUCUAAGGGAACUAAAUAUCCCUAAACUGCCUUCUUGAAUCAACUACAGAAAAGGUUCAUACAACAGAUUACCCUGGCAAUUAUCCUGGCUACGAUGACACAUGGAACUUGCAGAAAUUUCAAAAGGUCAAUAUUAUGUAUUUAUUGCAGAAUUUCAGAAUCGACGUGGUGCAAAUGGAUGAGACUUCUCUGGAGUUCGACAUGGUGGGCAUAGAUGCUGCUCUCGCCAAUGCCUUUCGAAGGAUAUUGCUUGCAGAGGUCCCCACUAUGGCUGUCGAGAAGGUGCUUAUUUACAACAACACAUCUAUCAUUCAGGAUGAGAUCCUUGCCCACAGGCUGGGCUUGAUCCCUAUCAAGGCUGACCCACGACUGUUCGAGUACAGAAGCGCAGGUGACGAGGAAGGCACAGAAAUCGACACAAUUCAACUUCAACUGAAGAUCAAAUGCACCAGGAACCCCAGAGCCACCAAAGACUCCGCUGACCCCCGGGAACUUUACCUGAAUCACAUGGUGUACUCUAAGGACAUGAAGUGGGCCCCUAUUGGGAACCAAGCUGAUGUGUUUGCAGAUGCCAACAUCGGUCCAGUACAUGGGGACAUCCUUCUGGCGCAGCUCCGGCCUGGACAGGAGCUGGAUAUAGUCAUGCACUGUGUGAAAGGCAUUGGUCAAGACCACGCCAAGUUUUCACCUGUAGCUACAGCCAGUUACAGACUCCUUCCUGAGAUCACACUUAUGGAAACCGUGGAGGGGGAGAAAGCAGAGCGACUAAAACGCUGCUUCUCACCUGGAGUCAUUGAAGUGGAGAACCAUGGGGGAAAGGUUGUUGCCAAGGUGGUGAACAGCCGCUUAGAUACCUGCAGUAGGGAGGUUCUCCGACAUGACGACCUCAAGAAUGCUGUGAAACUUGCAAGAGUGCGGGACCAUUUUAUCUUUUCUGUAGAAUCCACUGGCAUCCUGGCACCUGAUGUCCUGGUCACAGAGGCCAUCAAAGUUCUCAUGACCAAGUGUCAGCGAUUCCUCAGUGAACUCGAUUCCACAGAGAUGGAAUAAGAGCUAUUAAGUUGGACCAAAUGGAAAUACCCACUACAGGGGUUGGAUAUAUGUGUGUGUUGAGCCGGUGUGCAACAUGCUUUGAUAGUAACUAACUAGACUAUGGAUUUGUUUGUUCAAAUAUGUACCCAGCAUGACUUUGUUUGUCAUCCUCAAAUAGUUGUGCUACUUAUAUAUUUUGUAUUCUGAUUCAUGCUAAUGUCACUUGCAAAUCCUUAUGGCUCACCCAUGACAUUAGCCCAUUUGUAGAAUUCUGCCUGAAUUCUGUCCUUUUGGGUGUACAAUAAAAAUAGGUUGAUGUCUUUACUGAAUGAAGAUGGAUUUAGAACUAAUUUGUCAAUGGUGGGAUUGGCUCUUCUCAACCAGGUGCACAGUUAUGUGUUGUGCUCUGUAUGGACUUGUUUCAUGAAACAAUAAAGGUGAAGCAUAUUACUCUAAA